UAAGAAAGAAAAAAAAAAGAUUUGCUGGCCACGAGAUUUGUAAGUUAUUGAAACAAGAGAGAUUUUUAGAGGACCAACUGUUUUUAACAGAAAUACUGCCAUCGCAGAAAUCAAUGUGUACAUGACUUAGGAAAGUGCUGACAUGUACAAAGAUCACAUCCAGCUGUGCAUGUACUAUUGACCUCGUGUACACAUGGUUACUGUGAUACUAUUUCUGUGUUUAUUGAAUGGGGCCUAUGGUCAUGAAAACGUGCUGGCCAAAACGAACUAUGGAAUUGUCAAGGGCACUUCGUCGAUCAUCGAUAACAAGGCAAUGUUCUGCUACCUGGGUGUGCCAUAUGCCAAACCGCCCACAGGUCCCAGACGUUUCAAACAGCCAGAACCUCCGAAUUCAUGGUCUGGAGUCAGAGAUGCUGUCACUCUCGGUCCAAAGUGUCCUCAACUAGAUGAGCUCGACCCCUUUGAUCCCACUCCAAUAAGCGAAGAUUGUUUAAACUUGAAUAUUUAUUCGCCCACGGAACCUACGUCACAGGGGACGGCACCCUCUACCAGCUUACUUCCCGUCAUGGUUUGGAUUCACGGUGGAUCUUUCUCCAUGGGAUCGGGGUCUAAAUACAACGGGAGUGUAUUAGCAAGCAGAGGCGUUGUUGUGGUAACGGUUAAUUACAGACUAGACAUCCUCGGCUUUUUGAGCACAGCAGACUCCAUCAUUCCGGGAAAUUUCGGACUUCUCGAUCAGAUCAUGGCUUUACAAUGGAUCCAAGCAAAUAUUCAGUUCUUUGGAGGCGAUCCUCAAAUGGUAACAAUUUUCGGAGAAAGUUCUGGAGCAGCAUGUGUUUCUCUUCUAGUAUUGUCUCCUUUGUCAAAAGGAUUAUUUCAGAGAGCAAUAUUAGAAAGUGGCUCGCCAUUGGCUUAUUGGUCAAUCACCUACCCUGUCAACAAGAUUCAGCCCGACACCAUAGCUCAAUCCAUUGCUUCUAAGUUAAACUGUACACAAUUGUCCUCCACUGAAAUUCUCGUCUGCUUGCAGAAAGUUAAUGUCUUUGACUUGAUAAAUGCCAGUACAGAGUAUCGAAAAAGCAACGGCCUUGUCUUCAUCCCUCGGGUCGAAGCAUUGCUUAGAUCUUUGCCAGACUAUCCUUUGAAGAUACUUCGGUCCGGGAACUUUAACCACGUGGACACAAUUCAAGGGUACAAUUCUGACGAAGGCUGGUACUUCCUGAAUACGUCAUCUGCACAGCUGACACGAGAAGGAUUUCGGGAAAGCAUUCAUAAUUUAAUGACCUCACUAAAAAUAAUGACAUCUGACAGCAUAGUUGAUCAGUUUGAGGAAGUUUAUAUAAAAAAAUUUGACGGACACGAGUUUAAUUUUAGGCAAGGGUUGAGAGCUGUGUCCGACUUUGUUUUUAUAGCGCCCAUCGUCAUGGAAACCAUGUUGGCAGAAACGUGGUCACGUGACAGUAAACACUACCUUUACGAGUUCCAAUACAGACCAAGCGACAGUGAGAUGCCUCCGUUCGUAGGUGCAGUUCACGGUAAUGAGCAAGCGUUUCUAUUUCGUUCAUUCGACAACGACCAAUUCUGGAACACAAAGAAAGGUCAUACUCAAGCUGAUCUCCUUAUAUCAGAUGAAAUGAUGGCUUUCUGGUCCAGCUUUGCAAAACACGGCAGCCCUAACGGGAACAUGUCGGGCUUGGCGCCCUGGGUUAACUACACACCAGAUCGUCCAAACUGUCUGAAGAUCAACAUACUGACCACUCUCUCUGAUCAUGGCAAACAAUUGGCUGUGCAGAUUUACAAACCGCUGAUAGAUUCACUGAUGAACGAAUACCCAGUCACAGUUGUUGGGUAAAAGAGCCUCUUAGUUCUUAAUAAGUUGGACUCAUUCUUUUGCUGCGUACUUGUUAAUAUGGCUAAAUAGGGCACAACUCUAGAAAGUAGAUGCAUCUUUACUAUUGAAACAUGAUUUUUCAACAAUAAAAACUUCUAUAAUAUAUAUUUUUAAAAA